CAUUUUUACAGGCCACCUACAACCGCGGAAAGUUGAGAACAGACAUUUGAGCUGAUAAAAUACUGGAUGCGGGAGGACUGAUGUAACGGCAAGGAUUGGAGGCAUGGAUACAAUGGAACUUUGUCGCACACCAGUGUGUUUCGCAACUGGGAAAUUAUUCGAUACGUCAAUGUGAUAGACAGAAGAACUCACAUUUCCACCAUUUCACUUCUUAUCCUGCGAACACCUGAAAAAUCAAAUGGAAGUUUUUUGGAGAGCACAAUUUAACAUGUUGCGUUUGAGCGUCCUGCAGUUCAUUUUGGGACUUCUUGGAGUUGCAGAUGGACGCCUCUUGGACGCCCUCCCCCACUUCCAGGCCCCGCCCUCCUACCUGCCGGUCAACUUCUCCCUCCUCCACGCCGACUCCGCCUUCUUCCUCAAGGAGGCCAAUCAGGACAUCAUGCGCAACUCCAGCCUGCUGGCGCGCACCGAGCCCUUCUUUGUGUUCCGCGCCCGCCAGAUGCCAGUCCUCAACGCCAGCUACGGCCCGCUGACUAUGGGCCAGCCGGUAACCAUGGAUCUCCUGCAGCCCUCGGGUACCAUGUUCCCCUCCUCCUCCCCCACCUCCUCCUCUGCGGAUGCAUCCUCAUCCUCAUCCUCAUCCGCAUCCGCAUCCGCACCUCCUCCUCCCCUGUUCACCUUCAACUGGGAGGUGCAGACCUUCAUCAUCACGGACCGCGUGUACCUGCGGCGGCCGCGCGUGCAGGUGCUCUUCUACGUGUCGGGCCGCGACUGGGACGACUACAGCACGGUGGGCCGGCUGCCGUGCGUGCGGCUCUCCGCCUUCCACGAGACGCAGGAGGCGCGGGGCCUGUGCCAGCUGGCCGGCGACCUGGGCCUGUGCGUGGCCGAGCUGGAGCCCCUGGCGGGCUGGUUCGGGACGCCGAGCAUCGUCCCCGGCGGCGGCGGCGGGCGCUCCAGGGGGUCAUCAUCGUCCUCCUCCUCGUCUUCGGUGGUGGUACCUCUCUCUCCGUUCUCCUCCCCGGUCUCGUCCUCCACGGCCUCGGCGGCCGAUCCGUUCGAGGGGACCCCCGUGGAGCUCUAUUACCGGCUGCUGGAGCCCAGCCCCGAGGGGGGGUGUCCGGCCAACACCGACGAUCCGCGAGGAGGAGGGGGGCCGAGGGGCCACCAGAGACGAGGGGGCUACCGCAGCCCCAUGCGUAGGGUCGGGAGCGUGCGGCUGCUCCAGGCCCCCGCGCCCCCCCAGCUGGGCGAGCGCUGGCUGGACGGGAACUUCCUGAUCCUGAUGCCCGUGGAGCCCAUCCAGCAGCGGGAGGCCGUGUCGGCGUUCGUAGCCACCGUGCCCCACUCGCCCGUGGAGGCCUUCACGCUCAGGUAA